AUGCGAUGCGUGAGGAUCCUGGAGGGGGGAUGUCGGGAUGUGGGAUUUCCCCGCCUACUUGAUCACGUCCUCUCUCAUGAAUCGCCCUAUGGGUUGAGGGUAAGACCAGUGACUCUUAACACGAGACCUCAAGUCUCCUCUAUCGUGUUCGGCGAAAAACCAACCCUGGUCACUCUUCCUCUCGAGACACAUUACCAUGGAGGAUUUAAGUGCAUCAGCGGACAAGGUCGAGGAUGCGUUGCGAUCACCGCUGCUGCUUUCAUGCUCUCUCAUAUCCAGAUAAUUCUGAAGCUACUUGUAUGCACUCUCAUUACACAAAAGGAGGACGUUGUGGUGCUGAUAUCGGAUGAAAAGACACGGGAGAUCUUCACUGAAGCUCUCAAGUUGAUGAAAGCACCAAAAAUGCCACGUAUCUACACUCCGAGUUAUUUCCGAGGAUGCCAGAGUCUUCAGGUGAUGUGCGUUGGGGUAGAAGACUCAUGGGUGGUAGAGGGCAUCUCCCGGGCUAUCCGGACCCUCUUCAUUGUCGAGGGUGGGACUCACCCUAUGGUACAAAGCCGAAUGAAACUUUGGAGGGAGAUGGAGCGGAGAGGCUUCCUCCUCUACCACCCUUUAGUAUCUCCCACAGCCUUAGACUCCCUCACUAAGGACGACUGGAUGGCACUGAAUCGGAAAAGCUCCUUUCUCAAGAUAAGAAAUGGCGCUGAGAUAGAGGAAGGCGCAAGUAGGGAGACUCCUCGUCGAGAUGGGAAACAGAGGAUUUUCGCUGUGGGUAGAGGGAAAAAUGGAGUUCCUGGGAUGUUGGAAGUCCUUCAUUCAGACUCAACUCUCUGGGUUCAGCAAUUGUAUUCCGAAGAGAAUGUGAUCCUCGCCCACUCUGGUAGACUCAUCCACGGGAGAGAGAUGGAAGUUCGGAUCAUCCAUGUGGAGGAGAAGGAUCCCCUUGAGGCCCCUUUUGAAUGGGACGAGGUACUUCGCACCCCCCAUCAAUUCCACAUCAAAGCCACCACAGGGGUUAUCCUUCAAGACUCCCUUUUUCUCUUCGGAGGGGAGGGAAAUCUUCAAGAAGGACGCCGACUGGAUCUCAAUAAAGAGACUUGGAUGUCCCUCUUCCCCUUGCAAGGGAGGAGGAAGGCCGCAGCUUCGGUAAUGUUGGACCCCCACAGCAUCCUCGUUUUGGGGGGCUGGGACUCCGAAGCCAGGAGACGACUUUCCAGCUGCGAGCGUUUUGACACAAGAGCAGGGGAGUGGUCCUUCUUUCCCCACAUGCCCAUUCCUCUUUCGUCACAUGCCGUCGCCGUGUACAACGAGUACCUAUAUAUCUCAGGAGGAUUUAACGAGGGAGUAUCACAAAAGGAUGUAUGGAGGUGUAGUGUGAAUGGGGGAGGGCCAUGGGAGAAACUCCCCUCAUUGAACAUAAACAGACAUGAUCAUGGCAUUGUGAGAGACGGUGCGGGGACACUCUCUGUCAUGGGCGGGAGACAGCUAAGGGAUCAGAAAGAUGUCGAUGUCCUCGAGACGGAGAACUUUACUCUGGAUGAAGGAUGGGUCACCCAGGAAAGACUUCCCUUCCUGUCUUUGUUGAAGGCGACAGAGAUGGAAUGA